UUAUCUCAGAACUUCGCAAGACGAACAUGUGCGCACUGAAAAUGUUUUUGUAUUUUGUGGUGCUUUACACAUUUUUGUUGGCAAAUGGUCAGCAACAAUCAGAUAGCCAGUCCUGCGGAAGGGUUCCGCUCGCUCUGCGAGACUCGGUUGGCCAACAAAUGAACCUUUUCCCCUGGAUGGCCCUGCUUACCUACAAGAACCGCCUCACCUCGGAACCGGAUGGGAACCCCCAGUCCCUGAGUGCGGGCUCCCUGAUCCACAAACGCUACGUUCUGACCGCAGCUAAUUGCGUAAUCCGCAGGGAACUAAUACAAAGGGACAUAGUGCUCAAGGGAGUUCGCCUCGGAGAGCAUAAUAUAUCCUCCAAUCCCGACUGCAUCACGGAACGGGAUCGGACCAGAUGCGCUCCUCCGCAUCUGGAAGUCGACGUGGAACAGAUUAUCGUACAUGGGGACUACCGAAUGGACGUCCCCUACCAGAACGACAUCGCCCUACUGCGACUCGAUCGGCCGGUGGUCUACACCGCGGCAAUCCAACCAAUUUGUAUUCAGGGCGGAGGCGACCAAGGGAAUCGCUCAAACUCCCAUCUAAUAGCCGGUUGGGAUUUAGGGAACGAGCGAUGCCCCGGACAAGAACUUCUGCACAGUCACAUAAAGAAAUUGCCAUCAGUCGCAUGCUCAAGGCAUCCGAACUUCGACGCCUCGUCCAAGAUUUGUGCCGGUGGUCAGGAUGCCUGUGUGGUCAUCUCGGGAGGGCCGCUGAUGACCUCCAUUGGACAUGGCUUAGACGAGUUUGUCUACUUGGCCGGCAUCACCUCCUAUGAAUUUAAAACUAGCAGCCAGAAAGUCAAUCCAGUUGUUUUUACAAAAACUGAACAUUUUUUGAGUUGGAUAAUCAAAUAUUUGCGGCCAUGAAGGUCUACAAAAAAAAAAUAACAAAUAUAUAUCACUGCAUUACUAAUUUAAUAUGUGAGCUUGUUUAUGAUAAAUUAAUCAGUAAGACUAAGAGAAAAUAUAAAAAAAAAUUGUUUUGCUUUUUAUUCUCACAAAGUUUUGUUAAAGUAUGUAGUAUCCAUUUAACUUCGAAGCUGAAAACAUGCGUUUGUGGUUUUGCUGAACCCAUUUGUUGAGUCGAGUAGAGAAAGAUAAAACACACCAAGAAUAAAAAUGCUCCU